AUGUGUUGCUCCAGCUUUCUCAAAGUCAUAAUGUUCAUCUUCAAUGGCAUCAUCUUUCUGGCAGGAGUAGCCAUUCUGGCUGUGGGGAUCUGGGCGAAGGUGGACAGCAGCUCACUGAUGAAUAUACUGAGCACCGGGAACGCCGAGCUUCCAGAUAAAGUGUUCCAGAUGGACUAUGUGAGCUACGUGUUCAUAGCGGUGGGCAGUGUUCUUCUGAUCAUGGGCUUCCUGGGCUGCUGCGGAGCCAUCACGGAGAGCAAGUGCAUGCUCCUGACGUUCUUCUCUAUUGUGCUCAUCAUUUUCCUGGUGGAGGUGGCAGGAGCCAUUGUUCUGUUCGUCUUCAGUGAUUUGGCUGAUACACUUCUGAUGGAAGUCGAGGGUCAAGUUCGAGCCGACAUUACAGACAAUUAUGGAAGCAAUAAGGAUGUGACUGAAGUGUGGAACAGCACUAUGAAUGCGUUUCAAUGCUGUGGAUACAGGAACUACACAGAUUUUGACAACUCCCAGUUUGUUGCCCAAAAUGGUGGUGUAUAUCCAGACCAGUGCUGCAGACCUGGAAGUCGAUGCUCUGCGGGCGAGGCAGCUUCUUCGAAUGUUGAUGGCUGCUUCGACAAGCUGGUGAAGCUGUUGGAGGAUAAUGCGGUGAUCGUUGCAGGUGUGGCUGUGGGAAUUGCAGCGCUGGAGGUCGCUGCAAUGGUGGUUUCGAUGAUUCUCUACUGCAAUAUUGGCAAGAAAUCGAGUUAACUCCACCUGAAGAUCAACCAG